AUUGCCACAGAGAGAUGGAUGAAGAAGAGCAUGAAGUUUAUGGAGGUGAAAUCCCCAUUGAAGGUGACAUGGAACCUCACGGUGCUGACGUGGACAUGGCCACCGCCGAUGAUGAUGCUGUUAAGGAAUUGGAUGAGAUGAAGAAGAGAUUGAAGGAGAUGGAAGAUGAAGCUGCAGCUCUUAGGGAGAUGCAGGCUAAGGUUGAGAAGGAGAUGGGUUCUGUUCAAGACGAUCCUGCAAGUACAGCUGCUUCACAGGAGAACCGGGAAGAACUUGAUUCACGAUCAAUAUUUGUUGGCAAUGGACAUUCACUUUUCUGAAUACAGUGGCAUUCUUACCAAUUUUUUUGAUGGUGAACAAGAGUAGUUCUGAUCUUAGAUAUGUUUCACUUGGGGAGUUGUAACUACAUGUUUGACUUGUGGAAAAGUUUUAAUUAAAAAAAGGAUGAAAAAAAGAAAGAAAGAUGAAAAGUCAUGAAAAUAGAAUACCAAAAAAAAAAUAAGAAAAAGAGAAAAAAGCAAAGUCCCCAUUGAAAAAAGAUAGAGUUGGAAAAACCCUUUGAGGCAUAGAAAAAAAAUGACUGAACGUGGAAAAAAAUAUAUGGGGUUGUAAUAUUAAAGAAUUCUGAAAAUCACUUUGUUCUGGAGUAUUUGUACAUUAGAUUCAACUCUAGCGAGAAGACUAUUUUUCUGUAAGUCGCAGAGCCUAGUCACUGCCAUGCAAAUUCUAGUUGCUGAGUCUGAUUGCUGCUGGCAGCUGGUGGACGUGGUAUUCAGGUCUCACUGGCUGAUUAAGCCUGUUUUGGUUGACUAUGCAUGCACUCCAGAGGAAGUUCAGCAGCAUUUCCAGGCAUGUGGUACUGUCAAUCGUGUUACCAUUCUUACUGAUAAAUUUGGCCAACCCAAAGGUUUUGCAUAUGUGGAAUUCAUUGAACAAGAAGCUGUCCAGGAUGCACUCCAGCUGAAUGAGUCUGAACUGCAUGGACGUCAGUUGAAGGUAAUGCCCAAGAGGACUAAUGUUCCAGGAAUGAAGCAGUUCCGCCCAGGGCGCUUCAAUCCAUACUUGGGAGGUUACAGGUCUAGAAGGCCUUAUGCAGCUCCCUAUUUCUACUCUCCAUACGGAUACGGAAAAGUUCCAAGGUUCAGGAGGCCUGGGAGAUUCAUGCCUUACUAUUAAGAGAUGCCAAAAUCUGAUGAACGCAGACAUCGAUGCUGUCAUCUGGAGACCACCCAUUUCAUUUUUUUCGUAAUGUUGAGACAUUGUAGUAGCUUAUCUAGCAUAAGUUAAUGCUUCCUAUUUGCAUUUGAACUUGGUCAAAAAUCUCUUGUUCAACAUUAGUAUAAUCCUGUUGGAUGUUGAAUGGUUAUUUAGUUUACCAUAUUAUCAAAAAAAGAUAUUCACAGCAUAA